UGUUCUGUUUCACGGAGUGGUACUUGUUGCCGGCGACAAGACUCAAGAGGCUGUCUUAUCGUCUCAAAUGUCUUCCUUUUAAACUUCUCCACAGAUUCAAAAUCCUAUCUUCGAUCGGAGCAUGACGACUCCGGCAAGACCUCUCUCCGUCCACGACUGGGACGUCCUCAUCGAAGAUUUCCAAGACUCCGGCGCUCCUCGCGACUGGUUCACCUCCGUCUUCUCCAUCGACUCUCUACCCGACCUCGCUCUCUCCUCCCUCCUCAAAAAGGAGUUCCCUUUGCCAUCGAAGCUCUCAAUCCUCGUCUUCCUCGACGAAUUCUCCGAGACUCUCUUCGACAGACGCGGCGACGACACCUUCGAUCGCCUCGUCGACGCUCUCCGCGCGAUCGUGCAGUCUCCCACGGACGGAUCGAACGGGUUAAAGGAGCAGGCUUUGAUCUCCUUCACGUCGGUGCUUGUGGCGGUUGGUUCUUUCUCCGUGCGCCACGUGGAAGCCGUCGUUGACUUGCUGCUCGCGCUUGUGAAUCGCCCUAACCACGGGUUUGAUAGACAGGCACGUGCCGUCGCGUGCGAGUGCUUACGUCAGCUCGAGAGAGCGUUUCCGGGGUUGUUGUCUGAUGUCGCUGGGCAUCUUUGGUCGCUGUGCCAAGCGGAGAGAACACACGCCGUGCAAGCUUACCUUCUCUUGUUCACCACCGUUGUUUACAAUGUCGUUAAUCAGAAGCUGAAGGUUUCGCUUCUUAGUACUUCUGUGCCUUUGGUUCCUUUCAAUGCUCCUCCGCAUCUGGGUCAGAGUCAGGGGUUGGGGCCAGAUCAGAAGGAGCUGAGACGGACGCUGGCGUUUAUGUUGGAGUCUCCGUAUCUGUUCACGUCUGGUGCUAUGAUGGAGUUUAUGGGGAUGGUGGUCCCCCUUGCGUCUGCAUUGGAGUUACAAGCUUCUAUGCUGAAAGUUCAGUUCCUGGGGAUGAUUUAUUCGUUUGAUCCGAUGCUGUGUCAUGUUGUCUUGCUUAUGUAUACUCAGUUCCCUGAUGCGUUCGAGGGACAAGAGAAAGAUAUCAUGAGACGUCUCAUGCUUCUCUCCAAGGAGACUCAGAUCUAUCUUGCUUUCCGCUUGCUUGCGCUUCACUGGUUGAUGGGUUUGUUUAAUAAGGUGAUGUUGAGUGGGGAGGUUGGGAAGAGGAAGUCUGUCCUCGAGAUGGGUCGAAAGUUUCAUCCUGGGGUAUUUGAUCCGCUCGCUUUAAAGGCGUUGAAGCUUGAUCUUCUGGUACAGUGCUAUGUCGGUUUGAGUGGAGGUGGUGAUAACGGAAAAUCUGCAGGGGAGUUGUUGCAGGAAUGUUUGGUCUCUGUUUCGGAUUUCAAAUGGUUGCCUCCUUGGAGCUCAGAAACUGGUGUAGCGUUCCGUACUUUGCACAAGUUUCUGAUAAGUGCUUCUACGCAUUCUGACUCUGACCCUUCCACCACUAGAAGCCUUAUGGAGUCUAGCCUCUUCCAAAACUUGCAGGGGUUGCUGGUGGACAUGACUUCAAAGUUUCAAAUCUUGGUCCCUGUUGUUGUGUCUUUUAUUGACCGGUUGAUAAACUGUCGAAAGCAUCAGUGGUUAGGAGAGCGGUUUCUUCAGACAAUAGAUGAGAAGCUGCUUCCCAAACUUGAGAAAAGCUGUUUAUUAACAGCUUACUUCCCGCUUCUCCAUCGGAUUGCGGAGAACGAUACAAUACCUCCUUCUAGAUUGAUAGUGCUGCUCACCAAGUUUGUCCUUACACUUGUUGAUAAGCGCGGGUAUGAUGUGGGGUUGAAACUGUGGGAUCAAGGGACUGAAGUUCUUGGGAUUUGUAGAACGCUGUUGAGUCACCAUAAGAGCUCUAGAUUGUUUCUUGGACUCUCUCGCCUUCUUUCUCUCAUGUGUCUCUAUUUCCCUGAUCUAGAUGUCCGAGACAAUGCCAGGAUAUAUCUGAGGAUGCUGGUCUGUAUACCAGGAAGGAGGUUAAAGAACAUAUUGAAGCCUGCAGAUACCGUCUCUCCAUCAACACACUCAUCUGCGUUUUUCACUGUUCAGAGUCCUCGUUUCCGUCAUGAUCCCAACAAAUCUUGGAACCUUUCAUCAUAUAUUCAUCUUGAACGUGUCACUUCCCUACUAGUGAAACAGUCAUGGUUCUUGUCUCUACCAUCACUAGACGUUGGAAACGAUGGGUAUAGCGUUAUAGAAAGCAAAGUUCAGGUUGAUGAAGAUGAGACGGAUAGUAGCAGUCAAGAGCUCCUCCAGCUUUUGCCGGAUUCUCGAAGGAUUGAAUCAGGAAAGUCGCCCACGUUAAGGGUGAUGGAUGCAAAGAUAGCUGAGAUUCUCGAAAGGUUGAGGAGAUACUUCUCGGUGGUUCCUGAUCUCAGACACAUGCCUGGAAUCAAGGUGAGGAUAAACUGUACUUUGAGAUUGGAUGCUGAACCGUAUAGCAGCAUAUUGGGUAGUCAAACUCAGAGUCCUGAGUUGGAUAAAGUGGACUCAUCACCUCCUGCGUUAUUCGCAACCGUGGUUAAAUUCUCAUCUUCAGCACCUUAUGGCUCUAUUCCAUCUUGCCGCAUACCUUUCCUUUUAGGUGAACCUCAUUUGGUCAAGAAUGUACAAGGCUCUUUGGACAUAGUCUUGUUAGGAGACGCGCCGAAAGAGGAAGAGAAAGAUGGCUUGGGAGGAGGAGCAUCUGUAACAGUUGAGCUUGAACCUAGAGAGCCAACACCUGGUUUGGUGGAGGUUUCAAUGGAAGCAAAUGCAGAGAGUGGUCAGAUGAUUCAGGGGAAACUCGAGAGCGUCCCUGUGGGGAUCGAAGACAUGUUCCUGAAAGCUCUUGCUCCACCUGAUGAACCUGAAGAUACAAUACCGAGCUACUACUCAGAUCUAUUCAGUGCUUUGUGGGAAGUGUGCGGUUCAUCGUCAAGCACCGCACACGAAACAUUUGCACUAAAAGGAGGCAAAACCGCCGCAGCAAUCAGCGGGACUCGGUCGGUGAAGCUUCUUGAAGUCCCUGCAGAAACUGUUAUACAAACCAGCGAGCUUCACUUAGCCCCCUUUGUGGUGGCUAUCACCGGAGAACAGCUUGUGAACAUUGUAAGAGAAGGAGGAAUCAUCGAGAACGUUGUGUGGCAGGACGAGGAAGAAGGAGGAGGUCAGGGUACUGCUUCUUCUUCCUCGAUGGGGGCAACAGGAUCUAACCGAGACCCUCUACGUCUUACAUACAUAGGAUAUGGAGACGAUCAAGAGGUUCCGAUGAGUAGGAGUAGAGGGAAGUUGGGAAAGAUAAAGAUGCUGAUGUUUUUGCCGCCGAGAUAUCAUCUGCUGUUUGAAAUGGAAGUUGGUGAAGGGUCGACAUUGGUGCAUAUAAGAACAGAUUAUUGGCCUUGCUUAGCUUAUGUUGAUGAUUACUUGGAAGCUUUGUUCUUGCUUUAGGAGAGUUUUUUUUUUUUUCUUAACUCUCUUUUCAAUUCUUUUUGUGCUCAUCUACAUAAAAUGUUGUCUAAAUGAACCCAAACACACAGACAAAACCAUAAGUGUGUUGGUUUGUAUUGGUAAAUUUAUUUUUAUCGGAAGAAAAUAAGUAAAGUGGUGAAUUAA